AUGUCUAUUCAUAUUAUUAUUCCUUUCUUAUUGUUCAUAUUUUCAUUAAUUCACUGUUCACCAAAAUAUACCAUUGAAACAUAUCCGGAUUCACUAGUUGAACCGGAUCUUUGUAACCUUAACUCUCCAGGAUUUGCUUGUGAUCCGGAUCAACUACUGAAACCGUUUAAUCAUACACUUUCCGGAGCUGAAUAUUUAUCGCAACAUUUGCGAAGAAUUCGUUAUGCGACAAAUUGUCCAUGCCUGAAAAAGGAUGAAUUGUAUGGUUAUUGUUCAAAUGUUAAUUCACAUGGAUAUACGAUAUCAAUUGCUAUCAUGAAAUUAAUUGCAAUGAAUAAUGAUACGAUGAGCGCAGAAAAUCAUAAUCAUUCAGUUCAGAUAUUUGCCAAAAUGCUACAACGGCAGCAACAUCGUAGCCAAUGCGCUGAUGAUGCGUUAAUUGUUGCAGUUGCUGACUGGAAAAUUGUCCAUACAUCAGUAGGUGAAGUGAUUGGAAGAGUGCUUACACCGAAUAUUAUCACGAGAAUAAGUCAAGAAGCUGAACCAUUGUUUGCUAAUGCUAAUUAUCUUCAUGGUUUAACAUAUAUGAUUAAUCGUUAUGGACAAAUUUUGCAACAUUCAAUUCAAAAUCCUGAAAUAAAGAUUUGGUCUAUGAUAUGGUCUCGUAUAAUGAAUAGUUGGCUUAAUCUUUUCCUCACUUUAAUUGUCUUUAUUACCUUUAUAAUACUGAUCAUCCUUAUUAUUAUACGGUUUUGUUGUAAUAAAAAACAAACAUAUAUAAUUGGUAGGGAAAUUACGAAUUGA